AUUGCUAUGAUUUUUUUUUCUUUACUUUUUUUUCAUAAGCAGGUCCAUGAGGAGGGCUUUACUUAACUUUAAGUAAGCCAGCUUGACUAUUAAUUCUGGAAAAUAUAUUAAAUGAUCACAGUUAAAAUAAAAGAUAAUAUCGAUAAAACUAUAGAUUUUUAAUUUUUUAAAAUGUGUAUGGCACGUAAAUUUGUAUAAUUUACAGUAAAAUAAUUGGUAUUUAUUAAUGGAUAGUGUAUUUUGAUUAUUCAUUUUUCAUGUGACAUUCUCAGGACUUGCGUAUUAUCUGGUAUUUUAUUUAUUUACAUCCCUAACUCGGAGUCUCGCUGUUUAUAAAUUUCAUUGCUCCGGAUUUUUGGUAGGCACGAUAUUUAUGAUUAUACUAACUCUAUGACUAUGGCAUAGCACUAUACAUUUAUUUGGCUUACUGUUUUGUUUAAAUUGUUGCCUAUACGCUAUUAUCAAUUAUAUAGCACUGCUACUAUUUUAAAUAAAUAAUUAAAUGAGUAAAUGUAAACUAUGAAUAAAAAAGGCCAGGCUUCUUUUCUUUCUGCUAGUAAGUGCCUAAUUUCACAUUUCUAUAAUAUUUGAAUUUUUCCUAACUAGUAAUUUCUUUUACUUUUUGGCCCUAGCCUAUUAAAAUUUAAAAUAAGAUCUGUGAUUAGGGCAGUUUAUAAGCAUAUUAUUAGGCAGUGAACAGAGCACAAACGCCUUUAGGCUUAAGGGGCCUAAACAUAAUAAGGGCAAUGAGUUAGAGUAGAGGAAAGUACCCUUAGACUUAGCGGCUUCAGUAAAAAAAAAUAAUUUAGUUCAAAAAAAAAAUUUGUGAUUGAUAGAGCAUAGACUAUCAUAGACCAACUUUAAAUUUGAAAAAUGAUAUUAAUUUCAACUAUAAAUACCUUUAGAUGUUUUAGUGCUAUUAUCUUUUUCAAAUGCAAGUUGGUUUGUCUUUUUUUUUUAUUUUUAAGUGUCUGUCAUUAAUAAAGUAUUUGUAUGGUCUGCAUCACUUCAUUUUGUGACCCUAUUAUGGCUAAGUUUGCCUAGGCCUAAAUCUUAGACAUGGAAGGACAGAACAGUUUACUAAUUUAAUUUCAAAAUGAAGCUUAAGGAAUCAUUUAUUGAUUUAUUUCUUUAACUUAAACAUUGUUUUUUAUAACUUAUAUUAUAGGCCAUAAGAAUAGUAGAAAACUUUUCAUUUCAAAAUUAUAUUACCUUCAAACAAUCUUCAGGCCCACUCAAUAUUUAUUUCCAAAAGUGAUAGCUAAGUCAAACAUUGAGACCAAGGGAUACAAAGACAUGGAACACAGAACUCGUAAGCGUAUUAGGGAGGCAAAGUCCAAAGCCAGACCAGGUGAACUUUUAUCAACAAAUCGUUGAUUUUAUUGGGCAGUGGGCAGCUGACAAUUUAUUUUAUUAGGUUCACUAAUGAAUUUUCUACACUAUUUUCUAAUAUUUUUGUAAUUUCACUCUUGAAAAGAUAUGGGAAUAAUACAAAUUAAUAGCCAGGAGCAAUAAUUUUUGCUUUUACUUUUUUUUUUUGGUAUUCUGCUUUGCUCUACAUAAGAGACAUGUUGUUUUGUUUAUUCUCUUUGGCAGAACUUUAUAAGGAGUCUAAUGGAUGGUAUGCACAUAAUUAUGUUGAGACAUUUGAUCUACGAAAAGAAAUUGUUAGAGACAAUGUAGAAAGAGUUGAUGCCACCCAGAUGACUGUGGAAGAGUUUCAAGAGCGCUAUGAAAGAUCCUACACUCCGGUUGUUAUCACCAACUGCCAGAAAGAUUGGGCUGCUUCCUACAAGUGGAAUCCUCAAGUAUUAAACUAUUAAUACAUUUUCUCAUGAAUUUUAUUUAGUUUUUUUACACUUAACUAUUUUUCAAGUGUAAAAUAAUUAAUUAGACUCUUAUUUUUAAAAUGAAAUUCAAAUAUCUCUUUCAGCACUUUUAUUAAAUAAAAGAACAUCUUAUAUUUGAAAUUAUUAUUAAAUCCAAACAGAAAACUCCAUAGUCUGUAAUUUUCCACUAUGAAUUUUUUUUAAUCCACUAGCGUCUAGCCAAGAAAUAUAGAAAUCAACGCUUUAAAUGUGGAGAAGAUGAUGGUGGCUACUCAGUCAAGAUAAAAUUGAAAUAUUUUGCUGAUUAUCUAAAACAUAAUAAAGAUGACAGUCCAUUAUAUAUUUUUGAUAGCAACUAUGGAGAGGUAAAUUUGCAUUUUUCGCUAUUAGAAAAUCAUAGUUAGAAAGUUAUGAGAUGAUAUCUUGAAGCUGAAACUCCAGCAUCUUUAACGUCACAUAUUCCUAGUUUUGAAAAGGAAGGUAUGUGGGACAGUUGAAGUUUGUUGUUACAAAUGAGUUUCUCGAUGGAUGAAAAAAUAUUCAUAGCUGACCAUUACUUUCCCUCAUGCAUAAUUGGUUCUGAAUGGAGACAGAGUUUAAAAAGGUGCAGAACAAUUCUAAAGUGAUUUAAUAAGAAGGCACCAUAUAACACUGCUAUGCUGUCUACUUUUACAAAAUUUGUCAGUUCUGGAAAGUUACUCUGUCAACGGAAGGGGAUAGAUGAUCGACCAGUUAGUGAAUGUGACUUUUGUUGGAGGCUGCACAUUCCUAUAAUUUUGAAUCCUAAAAAGCCAUGGGGGAAAGUGUUCAACAUCUUGGCUCCAUCAAGUGUUGUCCAUUUUGUUUUCGGUAUGAAAAUGCACUAUGUCCUUAUGCAAUCAGGACAUAGUACAUUGGACACGGUAUGAAAAGAAUUUGUUUUUAUUGUAUAUACAUUGAUAUUGAUCUUGGCCUUUACAGAGUGAGUAUAAUUUUGCUACUCAUCCUCUGAAUUCAACCCAAUCUAAUGCUCCCUAAAUUGUUCAAACUAUCAUAAAAUCAAGUUUUUAAGAUACUAGAAGCAAUGUUCUUUCAGAAAAUGUCAUGUUAAAGGUACUUAUUUAGGAAAUUGUUAUUUUAAUGAAUUAUUUUUAUUCACCACCUUCAAAUUUCUGGCAUACAUAAGUUGGAAAGCAUGAAAUCCAAAAUGAAUACAAAAAAUUCCUUUUCAAAUGAAGCUUUAAAAUCCAUUUUUUUUAAAAUUAAUUCUUCAGAAUAUACAGAAACUUAAAUUUCUUUCAAUCUUCUCUUAUGUCAUCAUCACUGCUAGGGUAAUACUGUCAUUGCUAGCACAUGAAAUAUUUCUGAAAUCACAUGCUUUCAUUUUAUUCAUCCAUUUGAAAUAAUUCCAAUAAAGUAAGUCUGUUGAUUUAGCAAUCUAGAGGGGGCCCUCUCUAACAUAAGACACUACCUUGGUAAAAAAAAAAGCUUAGUAAAUUUCACACCGAUUAAUCAUGAAAAAGCCUUGCUAAAAGCACAUUAACACUGAGUUAGAAACUCAGUGAUUGCCCCUUAACCAAUAUACAUUAAAUCUAUCACAUAUUAAAUGUCGAUUUUUGUGAUAUUGCACAAAGGGGGCAGUUAUGACAGUUAUAGGGUUAAGAUGAGCUACUAAAAAGAUUUUAAUUUUUUUUAAAGAUACAGGUUUACAGAAACAAUUUGUUGUUUUUUUUUAUGUAAUAUUUUAAAAGUAAAAGGUACCUCUUGCCAACAGCAUAGAACUUUAAACUUUAGGGUGCUGGGUAGCCAAGUGGUCUAAACUGAGUAAAUCUCAAGUUGGUGGUCUGGAGUUCAAUUUCAGCUAGAGCAAAAACACCACCAGCACCCCGGGUAGAUGGGACUCGUUAACCUUGGAUGGCAACUCAUCUAAGAGAAGGAAACUCUGAAAUCAAACCCGGAGAUGGAGUCCCGAAAGGCGGAUAACAUUGAUACAAUGAAACAUUCCGACAACUCCUGCGACGUCACUGGUGCCAAGCUGUAUCAUCCAAUGAUGUUCCCUUGGGUUACCCAGCGGCGUGGAGAGAGGCGAUUUGCUGUUGGGAACCAGUUUAUAAUCCUUCAAGUAUAAUAAUCCCAGGCUAUGUGGAUUUCGUCCUACGAAGCCCACUCCAUCGUCACAUUGUGACGGACGGAUGCCAGCAAAAGAACUUUAAACAUAAAUUAUUUUAAAAAUUAUUUAAAAUAAUUUGACAGCAAAUAUUUGUCUAUUAAUUUUAGAAGCUAUUGCUUAGAUUUUGUUAAACUUAUUUUGAUUAACAGAGAAAAAUACUAUGGCGUUUCGUAAUCCGAACUUAAUCCAUUCCAAAACCGAAUUCCAAGGCAAUUUUUACCUUAACAAUAAUAAAACUGGAUUAAUCAGUUCUUCUGUCCUACAAACUCUAUGGAUCCCAGUCGUUUCCUUAAAGUUCUCGAAUCACUUUUGAGCACUAAUACUGUCAGGCCUUUCACUAAAUCAUUGUGAAUGACCUUGGCCUUCUUACCAAUUGUUGUCUCAGAAAUCAAAUCAACAGCGAGCACUUUUUCAUUUAUGCAAACUAAGAGGAGUCUAUUUCCAUCUCUUUCAUACUUUUCAAUCUUCUAGAGGUCAAGAAUCCUAACACCUUUAACCACAUCAGCUUCUUUGAUAGCUUCUUAAUUUUUCAAAAUUAUACUAACUGUUGAUAUAGACUUCCUGAGUAUAGUAGGGAGAUCACCCACUUUUCAUGCUUAUUGAUAAGAUAUUUCUCUAACAGCUGUUCUCUUGUCGAAUAUAUUAAGUUGUUACAUAAAAAAAUUACACAAAACAUGCAUAGAUGCAUAAAAUUAGCAGUAAAAACUCACAAGAUGCUUUCACUACAACAGCCUCUAACAAUGAACUGAAUAUCAAAGCGUAUGGGGCUGUAUGCACAAAAAAACACAUGAAACCCGUUUUGGGCUUUCGGAUUCCAAAGCAGCUUUUGGUGUUUCAAACAAAACAUGGCUGGAAAGUUUCAUUCGGAUUCCAAAGCCCCACUGUAGUAAAUCAAUCACAUAAUUUUUUUUGCUAAAGCUUCUCAUUUUUGUAGCAUCCUAAACGUAGGAAACUUUUAGAAGAUUAUGAGGUGCCCAAAUUCUUCAGAGAUGACUUAUUCAAGUAUGCUGGGGAACACAGGCGACCACCGUAUCGGUUAGUAAUAGUUUUAAAAUACUAGUCUUAGUAGCAAAAAUUCAUAUAGCCUCUGUAACUGAGAAACUUGUGAUCCUUGGCCCUUUAACCUUAUAUUCUUGAGUGUCAUUUUCUUAGGUCUUUAAAAUCAGUAAGAUAGAUGACAAAAAAAAUUUAGACUGUGGGGGUUUAAAUCCAAGCACAUUCCAUUCCAGUCAUUCUCCAGCCCUGGGAGUAAAUGGAACACAUAGAACAAUAACCAAAGCAAAAUAACAUUUUCAUUGAAUCUGCCGGUCAAACAUAGGACAAAACCUGCACAAAAAACACAACAGUAUAAAACAGUUACAGCAGUGAGAAAACCAUAUGAGAAACAGUGUUAUAUGUAUUAGAGCUCUUUUGGAUAUAUAUAUUUAACUAUAUUCUGAACCUAUCUUUUUGUUUAAAAUUAUAAAACCUUGAAUUGACCAAAAAAUACUUUAAAAUUAAUGUAUCAGAAAUUCUAAUGUCUUUCAAUGACAGAUUUUGUAAGUAUAUAUAGAUAGUACAGCUAAGAAAAUUGGUUUGUCACUGGUUUUGUUUCACACCAAAGUGUAAUAGAAAGUGAUACACUAAAUUAAUUGUUUUAGGUGGUUCGUAAUGGGACCAGCAAGGUCAGGAACAGGCAUCCAUAUUGAUCCAUUGGGAACCAGUGCAUGGAAUGCCCUUGUCAUAGGUCAUAAAAGGUAGGCAUUGAACAGCUGUCCUACUUUAAAGAUGUCUUCCUAAUGAUGCUUUAGUAUUUAGGAUACCAGAAAUAUAACUUAUGCAAUGAGCAUUGGAAUAGAUAUGUUUUUGUUGCGAUCUGUUUAAAGCAGAAAGCAUUUGUCUUAUGACAGGAAUAGUUAUUUCAUUAUUGCUAUCUGUUUCACUGUCAAGGAAACUUUUUGGCUAAUAAAAUAUUCAAAAAUAAUUAUAUAUUAGGAACUAAUAAUAAUUGUUUGUCUUAUACCAGUCCCUGAAAUAAUAUUUUACUCCACAUUUUCAAAGCCCAAAAUAAAUCUCUAUUUUCUCUCUUUGAAUGUCAUAUGCACAGCAUUUAGGUUAAUGCCUUUUAAUUCAUUCUUUUCACUGGUAUUAUAUACAUUUAUUGCUAAAAUUUAUAGGUGGUGCUUACUUCCGACCAACACCCCACGAGAACUCCUGAAGGUAAGCUCAGAUAUUGGAGGCAGGCAGAAAGAUGAGGCCAUCACUUGGUUCAGAUACAUCUAUCCUAGGGUGAAAAGCCCAGACUGGCCCAAAGAAUACCAGCCGGUGAGUUUUUUUACUUUUCUCCUGCAUGAGAGCAGGCUGAAUGGCACUUGCACCAAGGGCUACUGAAUCAGAAUGUUAAUGAGCUGAAUUAGAACAAAAUGGUAUCAGAGAAUCAGAACAUUCAAAGAAUAAAUGUCUUUCUAAGCGGUGUAACAAGUUAUAGUGGGCGCCAUAUCACCUGCACCUCUAACAAUAUAUAUUUCAAAUCCAUGCUAUAAUUAUCCUGUGAAAGUAAACAUCUUGUAACUAUUGUCAUGCUUGUAGAUGUUAGCCUGAAAUCUAGUGCAUUUAUAUAAUUCUUGUUUCAAGUAAUAUUUUUUGAACCCAGUAUGGUCUAACCAGCUUUUGACACAAAAUACCUCAAAGCCACAUGAACUCUUUUAAAAAAAAAUUUUUUCAAAGAAAUAAAAUAAAUUGAAAGUCUUUGUUAUUUAAAUUUAAUUAAAUUUAAAAUUGAAUGAAAUUUUAUUAAUAAGAUAAAAAAUAAUGUUAUUUAGAGAAUAACCAUACAAUUUUAAUAUCUGAAUCUGAAGUUAACCAUGGGUGCAUUAGUCUUAUCAGUAUAGAUUUUUUUAAAAAGUCUGUUUUAGAUAUAUCUUCAAUUUCAACAAUAAUAUCAUCAAUAUUACUUUCUACUUUAAUUCCAAUAGAAUUUGUAUUGAUAUGUUUGAUUUUUUUUAUCAUCUAAACUUGCUAGUCAAGUAAACUUUAAAUGUCCUCGAGCAUGAGCUGAGAAAGACUUGAUGAACUUUGAACUCUUGUAACUUUAUUAUGAAAGAAGUUAAAAAGAAACAGCUUUCCUCACAAACAAAAAAUGUGUCAUUCUCGUGAGAGUAACUGAAUGUUAGCAAACAAAUAUAUAGAAUUUUAGUUUUUAAGUGCCCCGAACAAGCAUCAUAGCUAACAAUCCGACUCGCAAGGGGCUGCCUGACAUAGUGGGAAUUGGGGAAAACGACAGCCAGGGGUAAUGGCAAUGGAUGUUUAAAAUAGAUAAUUUGUCUCUUCUUUCACAUUGGACCUUGACUGUAAAAAUGUAAUAAAUGACCAAAUUCUUUUUAAAAUAUUUGUUCACUAGUCCCAUGAUGUCUUUAAUGUUUAUUGAGUAAAAUAAAUCGUUUUUUUUUUCAAUUGUGGAUGUCCACUUUUCUGAUUUUUAGCUGGAGAUCAUCCAGCAUCCUGGUGAAACUGUGUUUGUGCCGGGUGGCUGGUGGCAUGUGGUCAUUAACCUUGAUGACACAAUAGCAGUCACACAAAACUUCUGCAGCAUUAUCAACUUUCCCAUUGUCUGGCACAAAACUGUUCGGGGGAGGCCAAAGUUGUCCAAGAAGUGGUUACGAGCACUUAAGGUAGGCUUGAUUUGCUGUAUUGUUCAGCUGCCCCACUGUCAUAAUGUACUUUUCAUCAUAGAAACUUAGCGGUCCAUUUCUUCUUAGGUUUUUAUCCUGUAAUAAAAAAACAUUUUCAAGGAGUCAGUACAGUGGGAUUCUGCUAAGAAAUGUUGGGAUUGUUAUAACAAAUUUCUAUAAAAUAAAUAUGCCAUAAAAAAUGUAUACAUUAUAUUAUUAUUUUAUAUUUGUUUAUGUCUUAAAUAAUAUGAUUCACUGAUGAAUUUUAUUUAAUUCCAUGCUUUGGUUUUCUAUUCUUUUUUGAAUGUUUACUAAUUAUCACCCUUCACUAGGCCUUGAGACCUGAAGUGGCUGCCAUGGCAAACAAGAUUGACCUUAGUAAACCAACUGGCUUCAACUCAGACAGUUCCAGCUCAGCAUCAUCCUCGUCAAGUGACACAAGUUCUGAAUCAGCGGAUAGUGAGAGUGACUCUGAGUCUGAAUCAGCCAGCAAAUCGUAAGCAGUCAAAUUAUGACUCAAACCGGCAAAGAAAUAAAUUUGUAUAAAUGGUUUAUUUUUUUAAAUUAACUCAUUCCCGACUGUUGCGACUAAAUGCGUCCUCUGGGGAUUCCUCCUGAUGCGUCCAAAUGCGUCCCGGCGCAUAGCGACACACCUCUCUUAUUUUUAGUUAAAAAUAGCAAUGAAAUCUCGCGUCCCUCGAGACUUCCGGCUAUGGCGUGGUUUCUGCGUGAUUUUAAUUUAGAAACCCGAAGUUUUUAUCUUGUUUCACUUUAAAACUACGCGUGCUUUAGUACGGCGCGUCUAUAUGUGGCAUGUGUUCGUCCGAGGUGCCGAAAAUCGAUUUUUUGGCCAUUGUUCGUUAUUUUUUCCCCGCUAAUGUUAUAUUUAUAUUAAACUUAAUUCAUUUUUUGUUGCAUUUGUUCUUAAUUCAUUAACAUUAAAUACUAUUUAGCAACUUAAAAAAAUAUUUAAAAAAUGUAAAUCAAUUUCAAAACUGAGUUGCUUCCCUUUUCUCAGGAAAAUAAAUUAAGUCCGGAAGUAGCACUGCCGGAGGGAAUGAGUUAAUAUUUAUUGGUUGUCAUGUCAUUCGUGUAAUUGGCAGGAUAAUUUUGACGUCAUUUUAAAAACCCAUAAUCAAUACAUAAGUCACUGCACUACCAUGACUGUUGAUACCUUGGGAUCAAUCUACUAACACAAAUUGUAAUGCGUUUUAAAGGUAGAACCUGACAUUAGUUGUUGAGGUCAAUACACCCAACACUGUAAUCUCCUUUCACUGUGUAUCAGUAAAUUUGUAGUAAUCUCUUAUUGUUGUCUGAUUACAGAAAAAGAUCCAGGCAUUCUAAGUCUCGCUCAUUAACGCCCAACGGAAACUCGUUGGUGCCAUCACACCAGCAUCAUGUGAGGUCAAGAUCCAAAUCCCUGUCUAGGUCAAAUAUCUGUGUGGCCAAGGAGCGUGACCGAGGCAGUUACCAGGACCACAGAGACAUUCGCAGUGUUUCAAGCACACCUAAAAAUUCACGAUAAUAUUUGUUCACCAGUGGAUUGAGACUGACUUAUUAUUUACUCAUCUUAAAGUCAACUAUAAAAAAAAUGCGGAUUAUCAAUUCUUAGCACUUCAUCACCUAGUUGUAUAAAAAAAUCUUAUGUUGCAGUUCAUUGGUUAUCUUUCAUGACAUAAUCCAUUGAUUGGGAACAAAUGAUCUAGUUGGUCAAUGAAAGAAGGAGAUUGAGAUAUGGAGAAUGGUAGAAAAGAGACGCUAGAAACUAAACCUGCUAAAAAGCAUUUAAUUGAUGUUAUUGGGUUUUUUUGUCCUGGAUGGAUGGAUAUUUAUAAUCAAUUGUUCUUUAUGAAUCAGUUUUUUAUAGACAGGGCAUUGUAUUCAAAUAACUUGCUUGAAAACUGCAGGGUGGGUGGGAGGAUGAAUAGUUCAGAUUUAACGAGUUUAAGUUCUAAAUAAUCUUUCUUUAAUUUUAAGCUAAGGAUUGUCGUUCCAACUGUCCAUGCAAACAAGCAUUUUUAAAAUUUGAUGCAAAAUUUUCUUCCAUUCCUCCAGCGAGGAAAAUUUGCAUUUUUAUCUGAAAUAUUCUUUGAACCACAUAUGAUUGUUGAUGCUUAUGUAAAUAAAAAUAUUAACUGGUUUAACUAAAGUAUUAGACAAUUUUAUAUUUAUGUUUAUCUCCAGCUACUCUGAAAGUGUUUGCUCUCUUGAAAUAAUUCUGUACUUGAGUCAUAUGAACGUCAAGGUAAUCUUGCUGAAUCUUAAGGUUUGCUAGCAUUGACAAUGCUUUCAUUUACAAAAAUUAAAUUUAUAAAUCUUAUAAGAAGAAUCUAGUUGUGACAUUAAAAAAAAAAGGAAAGCUCAAGAGGAACUGAGGUGUUCUUUACACCUUGAUUUAAAGUUUACACAGUACCAAGUAUCAUAAUGACCUUAUUAAAAUAUAUUAGGCAGAUUUUUUUAAAAACAUUUUGACAGCAUAAUCUUCAAGAUGAUUAGCAAAGCAAAAAGAAAUUAUUCAAAUCUUAAUUCACUCUCCUUGCAUGUACAUUAUUUACAUGCUCUGAACAGAUUCAGUGACUUCUUUGCAGGUACUGGUAUUAAUUUCAGACAUCUACACUUGGCAUUAAAUGACACUUGGGAUCUAGAUGUUAAAUUACAUGAUCUUUUCUUUUGACUCAUACUAAGGAAAGACAAAUCUGGAAGCCUCUUAUAGACAAGGAAUCUAAAAAAUUUAUGGGUAUUCUGCUUUUUAAGUUUACCGCUUUGUUGUUGUUUUUUUGUAACCAGACGGGUUAAUAAUCUUUGAGAGCAUAUUUUAAUUAAGGUUUAAAGGGCCUUUUUAAAAAAAACUGUCUUGAUAUCAUCUCCUAAUUUUGUUGUGGCAUUGCCCACCUGUUAUAAAAUAAUUAGACUCUGAUCCAAUACUUUAAUCAUAGAAAACUUUUGGUAUUUUUUUCAUCAUUCACAACCGUGAUUUUUAAAAAUAAAUUAUUUGGAGAUGUUUUGUCCAAGCUGCUCAAUUUGAUUUAAGGAGUAUAGCCUUUAAUUGUUUGCAAAUGUUCAAUGUAUAUUUCAUUCAUAAAAUUAAAAGUUGUGCUGUAAUUGUAAUAUUUUUGUUUAUAAGUUAACAUCUAGAAGAAGAUAACGGGAAGACAAAUCAUUUGUGAGGAAACAAAUAACUUGAGUCUAACAUUUAUUUUUGUAGAAACAGAAUGUUAGGUUUUAUAUUUUUCUUCUUUACCAAAUAUGAAAAUAUCUGUUAGCUCCAGACAUUUGCUAAACACAUGAGGCUCGGCUUAUAGCACUGUCUUCUGAUAUGAAAACAUCUGUUGGCUCCAGACAUGUACAAAAUACAGCAGGCUUGGCUUAUAGCACUGUCUUCAAUUUUAAAUAAAUGAUUCCAUUUUUUUACAUUUGUAUUUAUUUUGUAAGAUAAAUUGUGUUCCAAAUUGACCAUUAUUUCCUUCCACGUCAGAAUUCUUCUUUGUACCAGCAUUUUUUAUAUGUUUUAUUGUUUCCUGUUCUUAACGUUGUAGAAGUAAGGAGCUGAAAAAUUUUAGUAGUUUGCUGUAUUUAAUUGUUAACUUGUGAUGUAGGUUGAUGUCAAUUUCAUUUGUUUUUACUUACAAUGGCAUUAACAGCAGUAUUGGAUUAAACAAUUAAAAUAAUGUCUUUGUAUGCUAUUUUCUGAUAAAUUCUUUGAUCAGACUGAGCAAUACUGUGAAUCAUUUGUUUUAAUGAAACAAUAGAAAUGAUACUGUUAACUAUUUCAUUUGGUGGUUCUCAACUCAUUCCAUUGUAAAUCAUUUUAGGCUAUACAGCCUUUGGAAAUAUUUUUAGUCAAGUGUUGUUGAUGAAUCAAUUUAUACACAGGUCAUUUUAGUUCAAACAGUUGUUUCUAAGUUUUUUCCCUGCUUAUGUUUAGUACACCCAUGCAAAGGCCAAACUAAAGCUGCUGUUUUUCAAGAUUCAGAAACACUAAAUCUGAAUUAAAUUAAAAUUAAUAGCUAUUUGUUGAUUAUUUGUAAGCCCAAACAUAUUUAAGCAAAUAAAAUGCUUAUGCUUAAAUGUGAUUAGUAAUGUCAAUGAAAAGUCUCUUCAUGUUCAAGUUAAUGGUAUAAUACUUUGUGAUAAGUGCUAUCAGUAAUUGACUUUGAUGAAUAAAUUAUCAAAUUAGUGACACAUCAUGGACAUUUGAUUAUUUCUGUGAUUAUGCUUUCAUGUUUUGAUAAUAAAUUGAGA